AUGCCAGUUUCAGAUCACAAAAAAUAUGAAAAUAGAGUUAAAACAUUUUAUGAAAAACAAAAACUGUUAGAGAAAAACAAUGCUAAUAAACAAAUAGGUCACAAAUUUGCUAAAUGGCCCUAUAAAGUUAUACCUGGCGAGGCAAUGGCUAAUUUGGGGUUUAUAUCCACACCAACGUUGAAAAAUAAAGAUAGAGUAUUAUGUUGUUAUUGUGAAAAUAGCAGCGAGAACUUUAGAGAUUGUAGAGAUAAAUCUUUAACUACAACAUUAAUUAAUGUACUAGAAAAACAUUUGGUCGACUCAAGCAAUUCUUGCCUACUAAGUAAUUUUAAAUUACUGACCCUUUAUAGAAUAAAAGCUUUAAAUAAUAAUAUUGCUACUAGCAUCACUGGAAAUGUUGAGGAAGAAAAAUUAUUGAAAUAUUUCAAUGAUAAACUUGGUUCAGCAGAUUUGAAAUUAUUACAAAAAUGGACAUUUGAUGAUAAUAGUUCCACUACACUAACUGAAACCUCUGUAAAUAGACUUGUAAACGCUGGAUUUUUCAACUAUUCAAUACCGGCAACUAUAGACAAUAACACAGCCCCCACUAAUAAUAUUUCCAAUAAUUGUGUUUGUGUUUUUUGCAUAUUUUGUGAUAAUUUCUUUAAUUUAGGCAACAAAUUUAAUGAUAGUACUGGUGAAAUACCUAGUGAAGAAUUGCUGGUCAAACAUCAUAGAUUGAAAUCUCCAAAUUGCCAAUUUUUCAAAGAGAAAAAUAGUAAAAAUGAAACCGGACAUUCUACUCUAAUAAAAACACAUCAAAAUUAUGAUAAAGAACAAGAAGAUCACACCCAAUAUUCUCAUAUAUAUAGUGAGCAAUUAUCGCAAUUAGAGGAGGAUAUAUUAAAUAAUAAAGGCACGGAAGUGGAGAAAAAAAGAGGAAAAGUCCAACACGAUAGUAUUACCGUUUUUAAUUUAUCUUCAAAAAAAAAAAGGAAACUUUUGCAAAGUACUGUAUUAACACAACUAGAUGAAAAUGUAGAGAAUUUACCUGAAAAUUCCGAGGAUUUAGAAAAGAGAAACCCAGAUACUAUAACCAUAGAUCAUGAAAAACUUUUGAAUGCCAGAAAGGAUAUCAAAAAAAGCAAAUCUAAUAAUCCUACAUUUUUAAAAAAAAAUCCUUUAUUGGAUGAUUCGACAUCUUCUGAAUUGUUCGGUUUAAAAAACGGAUUAUCUUCCUCACUAAAAAUUAAUAAAGUUCAAGAUAAAAUGUCAUUCUUGGAAUCUCUCGAUAUGUCUAAUUUAUUACCACCGCCACCUUCCUCCUCCUCCUCAUCUUCUUCCUCUUCACCUACUGCUACCUCUUCGAAGGAAUCAUCUAUACAAUCGACCCCAGUAAAUUCACCGAUAAAAUCUAUAGAUAAUAAUAAUAAUAAUAAUAAUAACAACAACAACGAUGAUAUGGGGGAGUCUGAUAAGUCAUCUACGAUAGAAACACCUAUACAUUCUCCAGUAUUGGCCGCAAAUAAUAAUAAUAAUAAUAAUAAUAAUAAUAAUAAUAAUAAUAAUAAUAAUAAUAAUAAUAAUAAUAAUAAUAAUAAUAAUGAUAAUAAUAAUAAUAAUGAUAAUAAUAAUGAUAAUAAUAAUGAUAAUAAUACUCAUAAUACUAAUACUACUAAUAAUGAUAAAAUGACGACUAAGGAAAUUGAAUUAUCCGAUAUCGAAAAACUAAGCAAACUUGAAUCUUUGUCCCCAAUAACUAUUUCAAAAUUAAAAACCAAUAACAAGGAAAAUGACAUCGAGCGUUCAUUAACAAAAAUAAAUACCAUUAUAAUACCAGAACAGGUAAACUUGAAGAAAGAUACGUACAAUACUAGUACUGGUGCUAGUAUGGCCACACAUACAUUUCAAAGAACAAUAAAUGCAACGAUGAGAGCCAAUGACAUAGUUAAUAAUGUCGAUGAAAACAACAAAAUAUUGUCGAUACUUGCGUCUCCACAAUAUUCUAAAGUUAAUUCAACUAAACUUACUUCAAAAAAAAGUGAAAAAACUCCAACUAGAGAAAGUAAGCCACCAGUUAGCAGUUCAACACCAGAUCAAACAAAGGAAGCUUUCGCAAAAUCAAAAACAUCAAUAAUAACUGAUUCUACACCAAACUUUUUGAAUAAUAAGAAUGAUAGUAUUAUCACUGCCAAUAGUAUUAAUACCAAAAAUUGCAACAAUUUAAAACAAAACAUUUCUCCUGCUACAGGCAAAGAAAUUCAUCAGGGUGAUUCGAAAAAAAACGUCAGAGAAUAUUUGCACUAUCUACUAAGAUAUAUCAAUAAUAAAGAUGCCACAUUGCAUAACGAUAGAGAUGGUAAUUUAGCAUUUUUCUUCAGCCAUAUGCCCAAAGAAGAGUUGUCUUUAAGUUUCUAUGCAUGGCUAGAUCUGAAACAUUCUGAAAUUGCCGAAAACUUCAAGUCAGAAUACUUGGUAAAAUUGAAAGAAAUUAACAAACAGUUUAAUUUACUAAUUAGCAAAGUGGAGAAUAUUGACGAUAUAAAUACACUUCGAGAACUAUAUAAAAAUAUUUCAUAA